UUUGUAAACUAAUACAAGAUGGAGUCGUAGCCAUUUUGGGGCCAAAGUCCCCGUCCAGCAGUUCUCUGGUCCAGUCCACUUGCCAUGCUAAAGAAAUCCCACAUUUGCAGAUUAACUGGGAGUACCGAUUCCUGCCAGACACGUUUACAGUGAAUGUCUACCCGCACGCGCCAAUUCUGGGCAGAGCCUAUCUUGACUUACUACUCACUAAGAAAUGGAAAACAUUCACCGUAAUUUAUGAAGAAAACGAAGGUUUGGUUAGAUUACAAGAUCUCCUUAAGGCGCCAUCUUACCAAGACGUCAAAGUCGUCCUACAUCAGCUGACUCCAGGCCAGAGUUACAAGAAGCUUUUGAAAGACAUUGGAAAACAAGGAGAGACUAAUAUCGUUCUUAAUGUUCCUAUUGGCAAAGUUCCGCUCGUGUUACGAGAGGCUCAAGACGUUGGCAUGAUGACAGCGUAUCAUAAUUACAUCAUAACAUCUUUAGAUCUUCACACUAUUACGCUUGAUGAAUUUCAGCACGGAACUACCAAUAUAUCCGGAUUUCGGUUGGUGGAUCCUUCUCGGCGCAGUGUUAAGAUGAUGGUCAACGAUAGAAUUUUUGACAAGCUUCGAUAUGGUCAUCAGCCAGAGUCUGGACGUUUGUUAAAGACAGACACCGCUCUCAUCUACGAUGCUGUCACGUUGUUUUCUCGAGCACUACAUGACUUGGAUUUAUCUCACGCUAUCAACAUCCAGAAUCUCUCGUGUGAAAACAGAGAAUACUGGAGUCAAGGAAACUCUAUAAUCAGCUACAUGAAAGUCCUUAGUGUCGAAGGACUGACCGGAAAUAUUCAACUUGGCGAAAAUGGAGUUCGGACCAACUUCAGCCUGGAUUUGAUUGAACUCAAACAUGAUGGUUUCAAAAAGGCGGCCUCUUGGAAUCCUGAAGAUGGUAUAGUCUUCACCAGAAACUACACAGCUACUUACAAUCAAGAAAUUAAGCAGUCUCUAAGGAACCAAACGCUCCGAGUCACUACAAUCAUC